AUGCACGGGCUCAAGACCAUCCAUGCAUGCAUGCACUUACCCAGACGCGAUUUGUUUUUCUUUGGGACGGUGGCUGCUGGCUGCUGCAACAAGUGCGAUGGAUCAAGUACCGCGGCUUUUCGCAGUCCCGUCGACAGCGAAUCAACGUCCAUUUCACGGCCCGAGCACAUUCAUGCCGACAAAUGCAAAUCUUCUCUCCUCGGCACACUGACUCUACAACAACGCGGUCAGAACACAUAG